UAUUUUGAAAUAUCCGUGGAUGAGAUGCCACCUGACACGGCUGCGAGACUUGGGUGGUCUCAGCCUUUAGGAAACCUUCAAGCUCCCCUGGGCUACGACAAAUUCAGCUACUCCUGGCGUAGCAAGAAAGGGACCAAGUUCCACCAGUCCAUCGGCAAACACUACUCAUCAGGUUACGGCCAGGGGGACGUGCUCGGUUUUUAUAUCAGCCUUCCUGAAGACACAGAAACAGCCAAAUCCCUGCCGGAUACUUACAAAGACAAGGCUUUGAUCAAGUUCAAAAGCUACCUGUACUUUGAAGAGAAGGACUUUGUGGAUAAAGCUGAGAAAAGUUUAAAGCAAGCUCUGGGAAGCCAAAUAAUCUUCUAUAAGAACGGUACCAGUCAAGGAGUUGCAUACAAAGACGUUUUUGAAGGUGUUUAUUUCCCUGCAGUAUCUCUGUACAAAGGCUGCACGGUUUCUAUCAACUUCGGACCCUAUUUCAAAUAUCCGCCAAGAGAUAUUAGUUAUCGCCCGGUCAGUGACAUGGGCUGGGUGGCCGUAGUAGAACACACGCUGGCAGACGUCCUGUAUCAUGUGGAAACGGAAGUUGACGGGAGACGCAGUCCCCCUUGGGAGCCUUAAAAGACGCGGUGUAUUUAUUUUUUAUUUUUUACAAAAAAGGAAAAAAAAUAACACGCUUGGUGGUGGCAGAGGGGGAAAAGUAAUAAAUGUCUCUUUUUUAAGUUUCUAGAUUUGUGCAGCUCUUCGAUCUUCCUUUUCAUUAUUUUUUUUUUAAAUUCUUCCUCCUGCAGGCAGAGCAAGCAGUAAGUCAGUGAGAAAU